GCCGAUUAGUGCUAGACAUGAGAAGUGUUAAAUUCGUCAUAAAAAAUUACAUUAAACUGGUGUAAGCGCCCUUGUCGUGAAGACUAAAUAAAAUCUAACAUUAAAAAACAUACAAAUGGGGAACAUUUUGUCGCCCUAAACUAUGUUGGGUAUUAUUAUUUUAAAAUGUAAAAGUUUUAGCCUGCUGUUAAUGAGCCGUGUAUGUAUAAAAAAAGUGCUCAUAUCAAAAUUAACACAAAGAAUAAUGAUGCAAAUAUAAAGACUCUAUUUUUAUGACAAAAAAGAGAUAUUUGUUACAUAGAGAUGAUGGUUAACUUUAUGAGUCUUUAUUCACUUCUCCAAAGAAAAGGCUGAAUUUGAAUUGAAGUUCUCUCCAGAAGUCACUGUGUUGCGAUAAGUAGCACAUAUUUAGCCUCUCCACGAAAACGUUAAAAGGAACAGCGGAGGGCUUCUUUGAUGGGAUUUGUUGCCAGUGAAAGCUGUAGGUCUUUUGAACGUAGCUGUCAGUCAAUACCAGUGGGACCUCCCGCCCCCUCAUCCUACUCCCUCCCUCCCCCCCGCUGCACACACACGCUGGCAGCUGGGUGUAUAUAAAUAGAUCCAGGAGGUGGGACUGACACUCAAACCCGAAUAGCUGGGACGCAGGAAAGAUGCCCGCAUCGCAAUCUGGAUUUGGCAACUUCUUCUUGGAGAGGAACAUCAGCAUGCCGACUGGAUAUCAGAUCCCGGUGCUAGGGUGCUCACCGGGUGUGCAGCAGCAGCAGCAGCAGCAGCAACAUCAGGCUCAGCAUCUGGCAGCGAUGGCAGCUGGAGUUCCCAUAGCAUACUCAGGACUACAGGGAUACAACUUUAUCCCCUAUCCACACCACAGACACAUCGCACACAUGAACAACAGUUUCGACUUGAAGGCCGCCUCUCCCUACCAUCACGCACUCCUGGCUCGUGGGGGUGCUUUCUACCCGCCGUACCGUCCGGGAGCAGCUGAGGAUCCCGGUAGGGUCGCCAAAGUGGCCACACGAGAGAGCACCGGGGCGCUCAAGGCUUGGCUGAACGAGCACCUGAAGAACCCGUAUCCGACCAAGGGCGAGAAAAUCAUGCUCGCCAUCAUCACCAAAAUGAGCCUCACGCAGGUCUCCACCUGGUUCGCCAACGCGAGGCGACGUCUGAAGAAGGAGAACAGGGUCAGCUGGGCGUCUAAGGGGAAAUCCGACGAGGAGGACGAGGAGCAGGAAGGAGAGAGUGACGAAGACGAGAGUUCUCUGCAGAAAUGUCAUUUGGAUGAGCGGGAUGAGGAAGAGCCUCAAGCUGACCGCGCAGACACAGAUGAGCACGUCGAGAGCGCGUUGGACAGCUCAGCACCUGUGGAUGCACGUUUGGAGAUGUCGCAGCAGCAAAGCAGCGAGCAUGAAGACAGAGAGCUUGCAGUUGUCAAGAAAGUUGAGAAGAGUGACUCUGAUCACGUGCCAUCAGCUUUGGAGAGUAAAGAAAACAGUCAAAAACCCAAAAUCUGGUCCCUGGCAGAGACCGCGACCUCAGAGACUGUAAAGAAACCUCUGGACAAUAUUUACCACCCCGCCGGGAAACUGUGGGCUGACUGGGCUUCAAGAAACGGACUUUUUGUUCCCUCAUGUUACACCACUCAUGAAAUCCUCUGAGCGGGUAGCGAGACACAAAUAAGAGACAUUUUCCACAUCAUUUUUUUUGCACUUUAAAAUGUCAAACCUCAGGGAUUCUUUUCCUGAAGUUUGCAGUGAAAUGAAAAAAUAUGUUUCGAGACCAAAGACUAAACGUGUUGUGUUAUUGUAAAUAAAUGUAGAUGUAUUUUUCCAUUCAAAAACCUGUAAAUUAAGUUUCCUUUGUCUAAUCAUGAAGAAAUAUUUUUGCUUAAAUAAAA